UGGGUCCCUGUACGGCCUCCCAUUGCUGCUGUCUCCAUCGCCACACUCUGCCAUGUGCCACUUUCAGGUCUCCUCACACUGCUGGUGGGUUCCAUUUUUUGUCAUAGGUUGCUGUAUGGCCUCCAUUGCUGCUGCCUCCACCGCCACACUGUGGCUCCAAACACUGGUUUUGGCCCCGUGACUGCCCAAAUGAGUGAAGUGUGCGGUGAUUCUAAGAUCGACGGCACUCAUCUGCAUGUCAUACUCACUGACAGUAUUAUUUCUCUUCCCCAGCAGACUCCAAUGGCAUUUAAAUUAAAGGUACAGUGUUCUGCACUAAUAUUA